CGUGACCGAGUUCCAUUAAGAGUCCCGCAAACUAGCUCGUAUUUAAAUUUUCUUUUUUUAGUUAUAAAACUUUAUGUUUUAACAAAAGCAGGUAGUUUUGAUAUAAGAAAAAUAAGUUAGAUAGUACUUACAUUUGUAAACCCUAAUACUCUAACCAUCUCAAUUUCCGGUUUCACAUGGCAUUCUAGGGUUUAUACCAGAUAGCACUGAAGACGGAAAGUUCAGGUGAUCAAUUAGCUUAUUAAACAUGACAGUGGAAUCCAAAUUGAUUUUUUCUAUUGCUGCUGCACUUCCAUCGUCGUCCUACCUCUGCUGCUGAAAGUUUCCGGUUUCACAUAGCAUUCUACGGUUUAUACCAGAUAGCACCGAAGACGCUGAAAAGGGCAAUUGCUGUUCAAAAAUAUGGCUUCAACAGCACAAUCACCAUCUCUUAAAAGACGGGAUGGUCCGGUAACAAGGGAAGGAGAUACGCUAACUGUAACUCCUCUCGGCGCGGGCAGUGAAGUUGGUCGAUCUUGUGUCUACAUGUCGUAUAAAGGGAAAACUAUUUUGUUUGAUUGUGGAAUUCAUCCUGCUUAUUCGGGCAUGGCUGCCUUGCCCUACUUUGAUGAGAUUGAUCCUUCAGUUAUUGAUGUACUUCUCAUUACACACUUUCACUUAGAUCAUGCUGCAUCUCUACCUUAUUUCUUGGAGAAGACCACAUUUAAAGGGCGUGUUUUCAUGACUCAUGCAACAAAGGCUAUCUACAAGCUGAUAUUAACUGAUUAUGUGAAAGUGAGCAAGGUUUCGGUUGAAGAUAUGUUGUUUGAUGAACAAGACAUAAAUCGCUCCAUGGAUAAAAUUGAGGUUAUUGACUUCCAUCAGACAGUGGAGGUGAAUGGCAUCAAAUUUUGGUGCUAUACAGCUGGACAUGUCCUUGGUGCUGCCAUGUUCAUGGUUGACAUAGCUGGUGUUCGAGUUCUCUAUACUGGAGAUUACUCCCGUGAAGAAGAUCGGCAUCUUCGGGCUGCUGAGAUGCCGGAAUUCUCCCCUGACGUUUGCAUAAUUGAAUCGACUUAUGGGGUUCAGCUCCAUCAACCUCGGCAUAUUAGGGAAAAGCGGUUCACUGAUAUAAUCCACUCCACUGUUUCUCAAGGAGGCCGUGUUUUAAUCCCAGCAUUUGCGCUUGGACGUGCCCAAGAACUUCUCUUAAUCCUCGACGAGUUUUGGUCAAACCAUCCUGAACUCCAUAAUAUUCCAAUAUACUAUGCUUCUCCCCUAGCAAAAAAGUGCAUGACAGUUUAUCAGACAUAUAUCCUGUCAAUGAAUGAUAGGAUCCGCAAUCAGUUUGCAAACUCUAACCCCUUCAAAUUCAAACACAUAUCUCCACUAAAUAGCAUUGACGAUUUCAGCGAUGUAGGCCCAUCAGUGGUCAUGGCAAGUCCUGGUGGACUGCAAAGCGGGUUGUCAAGACAGCUAUUUGAUAUGUGGUGCACUGAGAAGAAGAAUGCUUGUGUUAUACCUGGAUAUGUUGUUGAGGGAACCCUAGCUAAAACCAUCAUCAAUGAACCGAAGGAGGUCACUCUAAUGAAUGGACUAGCUGCUCCAUUGAAUAUGCAGGUACAUUAUAUUUCCUUCUCUGCCCAUGCUGAUUAUGCUCAGACAAGUACUUUCUUGAAAGAACUCAUGCCUCCUCACAUAGUUCUUGUUCAUGGCGAAGCUAAUGAGAUGGGAAGGCUCAAACAGAAGCUCACGACAGAGUUUACACAUGGAAACACCAAAAUCAUUACUCCAAAAAACUGUCAGCCUGUUGAGAUGCUUUUCAAUUCGGAAAAGAUGGCAAAAACUAUUGGGAAACUGGCAGAAAAGACCCCAGAAGCCGGUGAAUCUGUCAAUGGCAUACUAGUUAAGAAAGGCUUUACUUACCAGAUCAUGGCCCCCGAAGAUCUUCAUGUGUUUUCACAAUUAUCAACUGCAAAUAUUACUCAGAGGAUAACUAUUCCAUUCUCUGGUGCCUUUGGUGUAAUUAAACACCGAAUUGAGCAGAUUUAUGAGAGUGUGGAAUCCGGGACAGAUGAUGAGUCUGGGGUUCCAACAUUGCAAGUGCAUGAGCGAGUGACAGUGAAACAUGAGUCUGACAAACAUAUUUCACUUCAUUGGACAGCAGAUCCUAUCAGUGAUAUGGUCUCGGACUCAGUGGUAGCUCUAGUUUUGAACAUCAGUCGAGAGGUUCCCAAGGUCGUGGUAGAGUUGGAGGCUGAGAGAUCGGAGGAAGAAAAUGAGAAAAAAGCAGAAAAGGUUAUGUAUGCACUUCUUGUUUCACUUUUUGGAGAUGUGAAACUAGGUGGGAAUGGGAAGCUUGUCAUAAGUGUUGAUGGAAACGUGGCCGAGCUAGACAAACAGACCGGGGAUGUUGAAAGUGAAAAUGAAGGUCUCAAGGAAAGAGUGAGGACUGUGUUUAGGAGAAUUCAAAGAGCAGUUAAGCCGAUUCCGCUUUCCGUGUCAUAGCUGCUUCCGUGUUUCUGUCCAUGCAAGGAUACAUUUUGCAGCUAAGCGCUAAAUCUCAUUUGUAUAGCUUACAACUGAAGUAGAUCUCAGAUGUAGCAACUGUUCACUUCAUGUAACCUUUGCGUUGUUGAGUUUCUAAUGAGGAAGAUUUUCAACAGGAACCCUAAACCUAGUCUUUUAUAACAGUGAGGAGCUACUGUAAACGGCUAUACAGGUUUAACUGAUCGCUCUUCUUGUUCUCGAGUCAAAUUAAUUAUGCUUUUCUCA